GGAGAUUAUGGUAAGCACCUUGGAUAAUAUAAGCACCUUAGAGUUAGAGUAAUUGAUCUAAGAUUAUUGUUAUUUCGCAAUAUUAUAUCGCACAUGAAAAGCAGAAAAGUAACAGGUUUGAAAUAUUCAAUGCACAUUUUGAAAAGGAGCUAUCCAAUUUUACGGACAAAUUGAAUGAAAUUAGAGAUGCAUUUCUUGCAAUGUAUAUUUGCAAUUUUUGAGGUAUGUUAGCCGUAGUCCAAACAGGCCUCUACAGCUGUGUUGAUUUUUGCAUUUGGUCCAAAAGCCUGAGAAGAGACGAACAAAAUGUCUUCGAAGGUUGCUGUUGUAACUGGUAGCAAUUCUGGAGUUGGUCUGGCCAUCGUUCGAGCUUUCUGCAAGCAUUUUGGCGAGAAUGGAGCUGUAUAUUUGACGGCAAGGAAUGAGGAGCGAGGGAUGCAGGCCGUAGAAGUCUUGAAGAAGGAAGGUCUUAAUCCUAGAUUCCAUCUCCUUGAAGUGGACGAUGUUAGCAGUAUGGAGAUGCUUCGAGAUGAUAUCAAGACUGAGCAUGGGGGCUUGGAUAUCCUGGUCAACAAUGCAGGAAUCGCCUAUAAGGGUAACCCUCCAAUGUCCGAGCAAGCUGUCGGAUCUAUCAAGACCAACUACCAUGGUGUCCGUCUAAUGACGGAUACGUUCCUGCCGAUCAUGAGGGAUGGUGGAAGGAUCACGCAUGUUGCUGGCUUGUCGGCUCCUAUGGCCUACUACAGGUUGAGCGAAGAACUUCAGGAACGUUUCAAGCAAGUCUCAACUGUACAGGACGUGACGAACCUCAUGAAUGGAUUAAUUGAGGCUACCAAGAUUGGAGACCAUGUCCAGAAGGGUUGGCCAGAUUGGGCCUAUGGGCCCAGUAAACUUGGAGUAGUAGCCCUCACCAAAAUACAGGGUGAAAAUGUUAGCAAGGAUUCAAGCAAAAAGGAUGUUCUCAUUAACUGUUGCUGCCCUGGCUACGUUGCUACCGGCAUGACGACACAUCACACAGGUGAAAACGCAAAGCAUAGGCUCACUCCGGAUCAGGGGGCAGAUACCCCGGUCUACCUGUCCCUCCUACCAGCCGGCACCACCGACAUUCAAGGAAAGUUUCUGUAUAAGAGAGAGAUUAAAGAUUUCUUCACAGUUGAUAUCAGACCAAUUACAUAUAUGUAAUUUGUUAAUUCAGUGUCACAUUUACGAUCCAACUACUCUUUUGACAAUAGAAGAACUCAUAUGAUUUGAAAACUGUAAUACAACCUUUAUUCUUUAUUGUCUUAUAAAAUCUUGAUUUUAAUAUGUUUAAUUGUAACUUUGAUGAGACUGAUAAUUAUGAACACUGUGAUGCCAAAGAUGAUGAUGAUGAUAAUGAGGAUGUUGGUGAUGAUGAUGAUGGUGGUAGUGAUGAUGAUGGUGGUGGUAGUGAUGAUGAUGAUGUUGAGGAGAAGGAGGAGGAUGAUGAUGAUGACAAUGAUGAUGGUGACGAUUAUGAUGAUUAUGAUUUGCCCUAUAAUCUCUGUCUUUCAUAUAAAUAAUUUUUGUAUAAAUGUAUAUGUAGUAAUUCUGGUAGAAAAUGAUAAUUGUUCUUUGAUGAGCACAAAGAUCAGGGCAUUUUGCCUAUAAACGGGUAUUCUGCUUUUAAACAGGUAUUUUUUUUACAAGGGAUAAUGAAUAUUUGCCCAUCUCUGUUAAUCAGUUUCAGGAAACACCUUUGUUUUUGGUUAGUUAUUAUUCUCUCAUUUGCUGUAUUAUGUACUUUGUCAGAACUUUGUAUAACUCAUAUCGAUUGAUUUUAAUGCGGAUACUUUCAAAGACUAUUUUUUCACUUCAACUGGCUGAUUUUUUUCUUGAUACUUUUUAUUAGCAUUGAAGAAAAUACUUAAAUAGUUUUCUGACAGAGAGAAAUAAAAUACUAAUUUAUAUCAGCA